AUCAGCCUCAGUUCUCUUGUGAUUUUCGAAGUGAAUUGACGCUUAAAAUUAUGUCUCUCAGUGGUCUCAUCAUCAUUUGCGUCAGCAUCGGCUUUCUGGCUCAACACGAAGCGGCUACAUUUAUUGCGCUCCCAAACAAAAAUCCAGAUCACCCGGGAAAGUGUUGGGAUUCUGAACACAAUGUAACAUGGUCUAUUGGAGAGAGUAUAACCGUUGGUGAAUGCAUCCGUCUGACCUGCCACGAGGACUUGAGCUACUCUGGUGCAUCAUGCUCUCCAAAAUCGGUGGUAGUGGACGGUUUUGAAUGUAAAGAUUUGCCAAUGGACCUCUCUAGGAACUACCCAGAUUGCUGUCCUAAAUUGCAAUGCGUAGGUGAAGAUGGACAAAUCAUUGUGUUUUAAAUUAUUUCAUUGGAUGAUUUCCAAUCCCCAUCGGUUCAUUAUUAUGCAUCGUUGUUGGAAAAUAUUUUAAUAGAGAUUUUAUAUAUAAUGUGAAAGCAAAAGGAUGUCUUUUAAUUGUAGAUAAUAAAUUAUAUGGAUUCAGAAAAAAAA